AAUGUGUAGUAGCACUCAGACUAAUUUACCGCACCGACCGUGCCGCACUCCCCGCAGGGCAUCAUCCUCUUGUUUUGUUUUUUGGGGGGGGGGCAACGCGCGUCUUGGAUUAUCUCCCGGUGUGUUGACACGGCUGCCGUUGGCUCUAAGCGACUUUAACAUGCAAGUUUUUACUUGAGGAGAAAAAAAACCCCGAAAAAAAACACGUCUUUGUUGUGUUACACAUAGAUUUUUUUUUCUCGUGAAGGAAGAUUGUUUCAAUUUAAACGCGACUUCAAUGCCAGAUUCAGCAAAGAUGAGCAAAAACGGAAUGGUGACUAAGAUCCACACGAGGAUACGAGCUGACCCGUUCACCACCAAUUACGAGCUGGUGGGCAGAGAGCUGGGCAGGGGAAAGUUCGCGGUGGUGAAAAAGUGCAUUGAGAAGGCUACUGGGAAGCAGUGCGCUGCUAAGUUUCUGCGAAAGCGGCGAAAGGGGGAGGACUGCCGCAUGGACAUCUUGAACGAGAUCGCCGUGUUGGAGUCGGCCAAGGCAAACCCGUACGUGGUGGCGCUGUAUGAGGUCUACGAAACCAACAGCGAAAUCAUCCUUGUUCUGGAGUGUGCCGCCGGUGGAGAAAUCUUCAACCAAUGUGUUGCCGAUAACGACGAGGCCUUCACGGAGAAAGAUGUGAUCCGACUGGCCAAGCAGAUCCUGACGGGAGUGGCCUUCCUGCAUCGGAACAAUGUGGUGCAUCUGGAUCUGAAACCCCAGAACAUCUUGCUGACCAGUGCCAGUCCUCUGGGGGACAUUCGCAUCGUGGACUUUGGCUUGUCCAGACGCAUGGAUAACAUCACAGAGGUCAGGGAGAUCCUGGGUACCCCUGAAUAUGUUGCACCAGAGAUCCUGAACUAUGAACCCAUUAGCACCGCGACAGACAUGUGGAGUAUCGGGGUCCUGACCUACGUCAUGCUGACGGGCGAGUCGCCCUUCCUGGGUGACGAGAAGCAGGAGACAUUCCUCAACAUCUCCCAAGUCAACGUCGACUACUCGCAGGACACGUUCGAGGGGAUCUCCUCCCUGGCUGUUGACUUCAUCAAGUCCCUGCUGGUUAAAAACCCCAGGAAGAGAGCCACGGCAGAAGAAUGCCUCGACCACCCCUGGCUGAACCCACUCGCCCAACCCCAUCCCCAUCCCCACCCGCAGCUCCACACCAUGUCGGCCUCCUCUGUGGACGAGCCAGAGCUGAGCCAGUCAGAGUCGGAGCCCGAGAGCCCGGCUCCCUCCCCCGAGCUGGACUUGAUUGGGUCGUACCUGGCUUGCCCGGGCCAGGGUGGGCUGAAGGCCGGCCGGGACGCCUUCUCCUUCAGCGAGCCCCUCUUUCCUACGCGGCCCGAGAUCAAGCAGGAGCUGAUCUGCUGAACGCCGUUUGCAAGGUUUAGAGAGAAUGAGCAAGAAAUUCAAACUCCGAGGAGCAGACGCUGAAAGCCAGUGAGCCUGCAGCUUCCUGGUCUUGAUCUGACUCAGGGCCGUGCUGUAUGGAUGCUGUACGCCUGUUGCUGGCUGCUUCUACUGCUGUGAUGUCUGUGAGCUGGGCUCUCUGUGUGUAGUCUGAUACCUCUGCAUGUGUGUGAGAAUAAUAAUCGCUUCUCCGUGCUGAUUUAUGAUUGUACGGAAGGAAUGUGAGAGGAAGAAAGAUGCAGGAGAAAAGCGGUGGGAGAAGAGACACAAGGAAUUUUGUCGCAGGACUGCACUGCUGCCUUAAAAGUGACGGGAACCUGGCUUUACACUGUGGCUAGGUCACCGCUGCACGCACACUGGUUUCUCUUUUUACCCAAUUAGCCUCUUGAACUGGGUUCUAGCGAGGAGGCAGCCUUGGGGAAAUGACUUCACUCACUGUGCACUCUCAUCAAAACACGUUUUGCUUCCACUGACCCAGACAUACCUUCUGUGAUGAGUUUUGUUGGAGGAUGUAAAGGGUUUUAACAGAUGGUUGUACUUAACUCAAGAAUUAAAGCAAAGGACUGCUCCACUGUUUUUAUAUGUUUAUUUAUGCGUGUUUGUCAUGCCACUUCAGCCCAUAGAAGACACAAAGCCACAUCAAUGCCCGAGUUUAGAAAUGGUAGCAUUUUUUUUUUUUACAAGGACAAUCUGAAGCACUUUUUUAUUUUGUUAUUGGACAUGUGGUAAGAAACCAAAGGCUCUUCAAGCACAGUCAGCUGUCACACAAUGUACUGUACAUAUUAACCAUUUUCCACAAUCCACUGUUUUUUGUCACAUUUACCUUUUAUUCACAAAGUGCCACUUUUUUUUUUUUUUUUUUUUUUUCAACCUCACUUCUUAAUAUUACAGUUUUGCAUUUGUAUUUUUUGUUGCACAAUUUUAUUUUAUUUUUGUACUUAACUGCAAAGUUACCACAAGAUUUCAGGCUCUUCAAAUAUUGUUAAAACAUCAGUCUUGGAAAGAGGGGAUGUUAGGGGUUGAAAUUGUAAUUGUGUUAAAGUGAUGAUUUGUAUAAAUAUGUGAUGUUUGCCUUCAAAUGCUCGGGAGCAGAGAAAUGUAAGGAAUUUCUCGAUAAGUACUGAAAUGUAUAUUGAGUUAGUAUUUAGAUGAGUCUGUAAAAUUAUUGAUGUAUCAUUAUAUCAUUUCUUAUUUUGUACAUUUUACUUACUCCUGUUGUUUUCAGGCAGGUUUGCACUUGUCCUUGUGGACGCUAUGUCAAAAUGAAUAAAUGUUGAUGGCAUGCAUUACAAAAUGUAACAAUGAAAAAUACAGGUGCAUUUUGUAUCAAA